AUGCCGACCAUGACCGGACACAUCCCGCAACAUUUCGAGCACGACUCUACACUUCAGAUUGGCUUCGAUGAUCUCCAGGGCUUCUCCCCCGUUACGCAGAGCUUUAGCAUCAACGCCUAUCGCACGCCAUACCCCGACAGCAACGCGACAUCCACAUCUUCAGCCACAUCACCCGACCCCACCCACGCAAGUCUCCUCAACGAUCCAAUUGUCGUCGAGGCGGAAGAAGAUAAGCGAAAACGCAACCAAGCUGCAUCCGCACGUUUCCGUCAGAAGAAAAAGCAGCGCGAGAUGCAACUCAUGGAGACCAGUCGCGAAAUGCAAGACCGAACCAAGAAGCUCGAAGCUGAGAAUGAUGGGUUAAAGAAAGAGAACAUGUUCUUGAAGAAGUUGCUUGUGGAGAAGGUGGAUCAUAUGAGCGACGAGGAUCGGGAGUUGCUGAAGAAGGCUGCCGAAGGUGCGCUGAGUGGUAUUCUGACCAAGAAAUGA